CUCUUUUAAUUUUAGUUUGCAGAAUUUCCCACCAAACUCGCAAGCAUUAAGCAUCAACUUAUCGCAAGCUCCGCCAAACAGCCUCACCAAAAACCAACCUACUCGUCCUCGGCCUUCUCAUCUCCACCAUCGCCCCCUCCCCCCUCAGCCAUUCCUACUUCCAGCCUCCAUCUUCACGAUUCCAAUCCCUGCCGUGCUUCCACAAUCUAGAGACUAGAACACCUUGCUUAAGAUAUUCUUCCAUUUUACUCUGUUCCUAACCUUCAAUGGACGAAAUUCCGUCGUAAUCGAUUGCAAUUUCAACGAACUUUCCUACUCAAGUUUUCCUAUUUCUUCGGAUUCUUUAAUUCUCUGCAAUUUGUAUAUGAUUCUCAUUCGUAGCUGCUGGUAAAGCAAGAAAUUCCAAGGCGCGGCUUAAUUCGAUGCCUUCAUUCCGCGCGUUCCUCAACAGCCCCGUUGGCCCUAAAACAACUCAUUUUUGGGGACCUGUUGCCAACUUUGGUUUCGUUGCUGCUGGGCUUGCAGAUGUGAAAAAACCUGCCGACAUGAUUUCUGGGAGAAUGACGGGAGUUCUCUGCGUCUAUUCGUUGUUAUGCAUGAGAUUUGGGUAUAUGGUUCGACCUCGAAACUAUUUGCUUAUGGGAUGUCAUGCUGCAAAUGAAUCUGUUCAGCUCUAUCUUCUCUCUCGUUGGGCGUUGGGGCAGAGGAAGACUGUAGAUUACAGCAACGAGUAGCUUCAAUGGCGAUGGUAUGAAUAUAUGAGAUGCUAUUAAUGCUGUUUCGAAUCCCUAUUGAUACUUGCUUUUGGGGUUUGAUUUAGUAACUAAAGAUGACACACACACACAUCUACUUGGUGACUUCAAUGUCGUAAUUUCCCUUUGCUUCAUCCUUUUCGAUCAAUCUGAUAGCUACCUAUGCUUACUUUAGAUUCUUUUUCACUUAAUUAAUCUCAAAUUUGAUCGAUA